CAAUGAACUGGGUAUAAAUGCCAUGCCAGGAAGGAGCUCCAGUCAUCCCCACCCUCCUCUAGACCAGCCAGCCUCCACCAUGUGUCACACCAGCUGCUCCUCAGGCUGCCAGCCAGCCUGCUGUGUGUCCAGCUCCUGCCAGCCAUCCUGCUGUCCAUCCUGCUGCAGGCCUGCUAUAUGCAUUCCUGUGAGAUACCAGGUGGCCUGCUGUGUGCCUGCGAGCUGUAGGCCCACUGUGUGCAUGGCCCCCUCCUGCCAGUCCUCUGUGUGUGUGCCCGUGAGCUGCCGGCCAGUCUGUGUGACCUCCCCCUGCCAGUCAUUUGGGUGCUGCCAGCCCUCCUGCCCCACCCUGGUCUGCAGACCUGUCACCUGUGGCAACUCCUGCUGCUGA